AAACCGCUUCCUCGUCUUCCGGUGCCUCCACUGCACAACACCUUGGCGGCAUACCUGCCACUAAGGGCAACGGUUUCCAGGGAACAGUAUGCCAUUACUGAAAGUUUGGUCCGGGAGUUUGGUAGACCAGGAGCGGGGGAGUACCUGCAAAUGAAACUAUUGGAGUAUGCAGAGUUCCAGGCUAAUUGGUCAAACAGAUGGUGGCUGGAUGACAUGUACUUACACAAUCAUGUGUCACUUCCACUCAACUCGAACCCAGGGAUGGUGUUUCCCAAGCAGCACUUCAAAGACGAGGGCCAGCGGCUAAGAUUUGCAGCCAAGCUCAUAUCGGGCAUACUCGACUACAAGGUCAUAAUUGAUGC